AUGAACCCCGAAAACUUCGCCAACCUAUUCAAUUUUCUGGAGGAUAUUCUAGCUAAAGAUUUCAGCCCAGCUGAGGAAGUUCAGAAAAUCGCAUCCAAGGGCGGUCAGGCCAGCCAUGGCCCCGAGGAGGGUAUCUCCCCUACCAGCAGCCCGAACCCAGGCAACUUCCAGAACCGCCCCACUAAGGAAGUCCGCGAGAUCGCAGCCAAAGGCGGCGCCACAAGCCACGGCCAUAGCAACCCCACCAACUUUGGCAACCGAUCCAAGGAGGAAGUCCAAGAGAUUGCCGCUGAGGGCGGUCAUGCCAGCCACGUGGGGGGUUUCGCCAGCAUGGACCCUGAGAGGCAGCAAGAAACCGCUUCCGAGGGUGGCAAGGCGUCGUCCGGGUCCUUUGAACCCGGCUCCGAGAAGGCGCGUGAGGUUGACCGUAAGGGCGGUCUGGCGAGUGGUUCUGCUUGA